GCAUCAUUGACCAAGUAUCGGUCCAUCCACAUCCUAGGUACCGCGCGGGUACUACGGCGCGAAAAACAAACGACGAUCUCUUUUUUAAAAAAUUAACGAUUAAAAUGUCACUUCUACAUAAUAUUUCAAUUUGCCGUCUUCUAAACUGUUAAGACUAUGUUUAUAGAAGAGUUAAUGACAUCUCAAACAAUGGUUUAUAGCGUUUUAAACAAAUUUCAAGUGCCUUUCGAGUCUUCUUCGGUUGAACAUUACAGACUGCUGAGGUGUGUUAGGAAAAUAGUUUUUACGGAAAUGGUUUGAGUGAAUCGAUGACAGAAUAUUUUUGUGGUGUUCUAUAGUGAUGUUUUGUGAAUACAAAAAACAAUAUUGGCUGAGAAAUCAGCAUGUACCUUAGUCGUGAAAGGACGACUGGAUUUGCACUUUUGGUGUGGAUUUUUUCUGUGUUGACUGUCAGUAAAAUUGCAGAUCAAAAUUUAACUUUCGCCCAACUAGAAUCUCUAAUUUCCCAAUGGGCAGUUGAUACAGAUGAGUGCAGUAAACAGUUUGAAUUACAAAAUGAUGAAAUGAACAAACUUCUACUAGACUGUUGCAAUUGUUAUGAAUGUGUCGUGCCAAUCGACAAGAAAGUUCAAAAUCUGCAGAGAUUACAAAACCAAAUUGAAGCCACUAUACUAUUCAUAUAUCACAGGCUGAUAGAUAUUGAAAAUAAAAUAGUUUUAUUAGAAAAAUGUUCUUGUUCUCCCAACGUUCCGAAGGAUGUUAACAGAAAACAAAUUUAUGACAAUGUUGAAGAAAUAAAUAAUAUUCUUCUGAAUGUACAGCAAACUUUGUUUUUGUUAGAAUUAAAUUACUGUGUACGAGAUAUCGGUUUGCACCAUCACUUUGAGGAACUAGCUUCGCUUCUUUGUUGUCAAUUACAACAAUUGGAAACUAUAGAUGCUAAGAUCCAGGAAUUACAAAAUAAGUUGGUUUGGUGUAAUAGAUGCAAUUCAAGAAUAUGUUCACUUAGAAGUCAUCGGCACUAAAUAAUGUAUUUAACACACAUUUGUUUGUUCCUAUAAGGAUAAUAUUAAAAAAAGUAUACAGACUGAUCUAUAUAGUAGUAAAAUUUUGAAACAAUUUGGAACAACUUAAAAAUUUUUGCGAGUCAUAUUUUUAUUUACUUUCGUGCAUAGGAUUGUAAAUCCGAGAAAUUGGGAUAGUUAUCAAUCUGUUUACAAUAUUGUCUAAAUAUUUACCUUUUACUUGAUGUAAUAUUGAGCAAACAACGAGAUUGUUAAAUAUGUACACAAUAUUAAGAGGCUUUAAAACAAUUUAUUUUUUUAUGAGUGGAUGCGAUGGAAAAUUUAAGAAUGGGAGAAGUAGGUACGUUUUUUGUGUCCUUGAC